GUCUGGGGUAGUACUGGGAGAAUUUCAAUCCAAAGUCAACGCUGGAUUAACCAUGAGCCUAGUAUUGCGACUGGCGUCUGUCUUCGCUCAAGCGGUCGCGACAGCACAAACAUCGUGAUAGACCCUACUAUCACGAUCUACGGUAUACUCGAAAUGAUACUGCGGUAACAAGACGAGGCGCAUCAUGGCGCCGCCACCUCCAUCAACACCUACUACCACCACUACGACCACCACUGCGACUUCCAGUACCGCCUCGACGCCGACACCGACCCCAGUGCCAUCUCCCAUCCCUCCCCCAGUACCUGUCGAGACUCAUCCCAACCGGGCGAAACCGCAUGGCAAUCGACUUGCGCCAGACCCGAACCGUCUUGCCCCCGAAGAUGCGUUCAAGUCAUUCUCACCUCCGCGGCUACGGCCGGUCCCUGAGAUUCAUGGCUCGGCAGCCGCAUCGGCUGCAGCUGCUGCCCUUCGGCCUGCUGUCGCAUCUUUGCGAGCACCGCCUGCAAUACCCCCAGUUGCGGCACGACUAGCCGAAGAAAGGCGACGGGCGGCCAGUCGACGGCGCAAACAGCCUCGGGUGUGGAAGAAACUCCUAUGGAUUAAGCAACAUGGGUUUCCGGACAACUAUACCGAUACCGAGACGUUCCUGGACCGUCUGCAGAGGAAUCCGCGACUACAACCAUAUGAGUUCUGGACUCUUGUUGCCGACUCCACGGUGAUUGUGCAACAUAUCUGCUCAGUCGCCAUCUUUGUCUGUGCGUAUGCGGGCAUCUACCAAGGGCGGCUGUCCCCGGUCGCGGUGGUGACAUGCAGCACGAUUGCGACGGUUGCUGGUUGGAUCUUGUGGGACCGUUGGAUGGGCGAGGAGGAGGCCGAAGAGAUGGCGGCUCUAAUGGCCACCGCCAGAUUGUCGGUCGACGUUGAUGAUGACUCAAGCACCAGUUCGUCCGGGUCCGCCAAACUGGUCAUGAAUGGACAUUCUCAGAUGAAUGAACACGCAAAUGGCAGUCUGGGCGGCCGUGGAGUAAAUCUCAAACUCUCCACUACCAAUCUUGGUGUCAAGGACAACGAAGCCAAGUUCUCAGGCAAACAUGGGCAGUCAUUGUCCAAGUCGUCCUUCCAGUCCAUCUCGCCCAUUGACCCUUUGGGAGAUUCUACCAUGGAGCCUUUCCCUGAUCUCAGCCCUACAGCAUCUCGUCAACCACCUCAGUCACCCAGCAUUUUUCAGUCUCCCACAACGCAGUCUCCUACGACCCUACCACAGUCUAUUUCCCCUCGGAAUCAAGCUCGAUUGAAAACACUAAAAUCAGCUUGCCUGAUAUAUUUCGCGCUGUUGGGCAUUUCACCCAUCUUGAAAUCUCUAACCAGAUCCACGUCAUCCGACUCGAUCUGGGCCCUUGCCACCUGGCUCCUGAUCAUCAACAUUUUCUUCUUCGAUUAUGGCAGUACAUAUGUCCCGGCAAGAUCCACCAACCCUCCUGGUCCUCCUGCUUCACAAACCGAAAAUUCCACUGUCGACACCUCGUUAUCCCGUCCUCAUCAUUCGGUUCGAACUCCUCCGUUCCCGUCUUCGCUAUCCACGAACGCUGCAUUGAUGGCGAGCACAGUACUGGCUUCCCGGCUGUUGACCACCACAGCUGUGUUCAGCUUGACGUUGUUUUCCAUGCAAGUUUUUGGGGUGUUCCCGGUAUUCCGACGGCAUCUACGGCACAAAUCCUUUAAGCUUCACCUUGUUCUUACGUUUGUUCUUGUCGCCAUGUCCACGGGCGGACUGGGUUUGAUUCUGUCCCAAUCAUAUACUCACACAUACGGCGACUGCGGGUUUUGUCUUGGUUGGAUCUGGCACGUGAUAUUACGCAGUACGGUGGGAUUUGUGGUUGGUGGGCUCAGCACGGCUUUUGUCAUGGGCGGUUGUUCAUGGUGGUUGAUCGGAUUGCAAAGAUAUAAAAACGUGGUGAUUGGACCAUGGGAUCCGGCCAAACCGGUUCUGGCGGGUGGUGCAUAUGGCAGGAGUAGAACUGGAACGGAUUGAGUGUAACAACAGAAGAUUUGUCUCAUGUAUCUAUCAUCUUGAUCAUGUCCAUAUUCGCCAGUCUCAUCUACCAUACUAAUUAGCAUUAUUGCGUUGUCCC